AUGGCUGCAGAGUCUCUGCAACAGGAAGCCAGUGGUCCCACGGCUCGUCACCCCCACAGCCGGAGAAUAGUCCAACUGCUGGAUGAGUUUAAGAUAGCUGGGGUCAACGGAGUCCAGAAGGACCUGGUGACUCCCUUCAGUCUGAAGGAGGUCACAGUAAAGAUUGCUGACCUGGGAAGCUCCUGUUGGGUGUACAAACAUUUCUGUGAGGAGAUCCAGACCUGUCAGUACCGCUCACUAGAGGUUCUACUGGGCUCUGACUACGGCCCACCAGCAGACAUCUGGAGUGUAGCCUGCUUGGCGUUUGAGUUGGUCACUGGAGAUUCGUUGUUUGAGCCCAAAGCUGGGAAGACCUUUUCCUUAGAGGAAGACCACAUCGCUCAUAUAAUUGAACUCCUUGGCAAAAUCCCAGCAGCAGUAGCCUUGUCUGGGAAAUAUUCAGUGGAGUACUUCAAUCGCAGAGGUGAAAUGAAUCGUAUCGGGGUGCUGCGGUACUGGGGUCUGUAUGAGGUUCUGGUGGAGAAAUACCACUUCCUGCUGAAGGAGGCCUCUCUGUUCUCUGACUUCCUGUUGUGCAUGUUGGACUUCCAGCCCGAGAGGAGGGCCAAUGCUGCCCAGUGUCUCCUGCACCCAUGGCUUAGCUCCUGAGCCCUGGCCUUGGAGACCUGAUAGCCAAGCGCAUGGGGACCCCCGGAGCAAACUUGAUAAGAAGUUAGGAGAUACAUGUGUUAUGUUAGUGGACCUGCAGAAACAAACCGAAUAGUGCUCAGUCGCUGAGACUAGGGGAGGAUAUACGUAGUCGUAGUAGGCCCCAUGCCAAUGUUCUCUGUGAAAAGUAAUAUUUGAUAAACUCCUGGUUAAUCCAGCCACAGUGUCUGAUUUCAAAAAGGCUUUACGGCGAAAGCACACCUUGCGAUUAUGUUUGGUCAGCGCAAAGUCACA